AUGAGUUACGGAACCUUUUUGGCCACUGUGGCUACCAUUUUCUCUGUUUUGGCAGCACUGUUUGUUGCCCCUUUCGCUUUUGACAGAAUGGGUUGGCGAUUUCCCGGGGCUCCGCCUCUUCCUCUUCCACCGCCGCCACCGCCACCACCACCAUCUCCUCGCCGCAUUCCAUUCGCAAAGGACUCGCCAGAAAUGAUGGAGCUUGUUCAACUUCGGGCUGACGCUCGAGUCAUUCGCCGCCUCCUCGGGGUCAUUGGUCUUGGCACCAUUGUCCAAGCCCAGGAUAGGACAACCGUCCCUCUCUCCGAACUCCUCGAUGAGUUCGAGAGACUCUCUCUCUAA